AUGUGGUUAAAGACAUAUAUCGAUGCGUAUGAAAGUGAAAUAGAAAAAUUCAAACAUCAAUAUGAAGAUGAAUUAUAUCAAUUUCAACUAGUGAAUUCACGUCAUGGUGGUAUUUAUAGCACAACAACAACUAUCGUGAAUUCUUUUCUUGAUUACUUGAAUCGUCGAACAAAUCGAUUAAAAGACGAGAUAGCUUAUGAAAAAGUUCCUCUUUAUCGAAAACAUUUAUUACGUGUUCAGCAACGCUUCAAAUCAACUCAGAAAAUGGUCACGGUAAAACCGACUGUCAUUGUCGACCUCUUCUAUCAUCCAUUUACUGCUGCUCAACUUGCAUAUCUUUCAAGAGGUCCCUCUUAUAUACGCCCAAAUCCAAGUGUAUUUUUUCCAGAAAAAACAUUUAAAAAACGUAUUGACCGAGAACUCAAAGAUACAAUGAAAAAACUUAAGCAAUGUAUGUCUAAUGAUCAUGAUCGACCAAAAAUACCACUCACCUCACCGUUAUAUAAAUCUUAUGCUGAUCAACUUCAAUCCUGUUUAAAUCAAGCUUAUAUGACUCCUACCCCCUUGAUCGAUCAAAUACGUGCUCUACGUGAAUUAAAAAUGGUUCAAUCGAUUCGAACAAAAUUAAAAAAAUUUAAAUUGAUACUACGUGAAACUGAUAAAAGUGGUGUAUUACAUAUUGGUUCUGCCGCUGAUUAUGAACGAAAAGCAAUUGAAUAUCGACGAACAACGGGUGCUUAUGAACUAUUAACGUCGAAUCCAUUCAAUGAUAUCAUCUGUACUGUAACACAUUUAUUGAAUCGAUUACAAUCCUUGAAACGAAUACUGGAACGACAUCGAGUAAAAAUGAUGCCCAAUCGGAAGAAAACCGAAUUAGCUUAUAUGUAUUUUAUUCCUAAACCACAUAAGAAACGUACACCACUUCGACCAAUAUUGAAUACAAUACAUGCUGCAACCAAACAAAUUUCUCAAUUCUUAGAUCGUCUAAUUCGACCUUUAUUUGAUCGAUUUAUACGUCAAACAACGUUUGUGGAUGGUGCUGAUCUUCUUAAUCGACUUCAACAUUAUAUUCAAAAAGGUUUUUUAACAUCAUCGACUCUUUUCAUUACUUUUGAUAUUAAUAAUCUUUAUACCAUGUUACCACAAGAAGAAUCUUUAAAUGUACUUGCUGAAUUUCUUCGUGUACAUAAUUGUGAAAAAGUGAAUGGACUUUCCAUUGAUACAAUUAUUGAAUUAGCUCGUAUAGUACUUCAAGCAAAUGCUUUUGUUUAUAAUAAAAAAUUUUAUCGACAAAUUAUUGGUGGUGCUAUGGGUUCGGCUUUUACUUUAACAUUAGCAAAUAUCUUCAUGUGGAAAUGGGAACGACAAACGAUUUUACCAAAAUUAGCUUCUCAUGAAUUAUAUGGCCGAUAUAUUGAUGAUAUUUUCUUUACUUGGAAUGGAUCUGAAGAUAAAGUCAAAGAAUUAUUAGAAGCCGCAAAUAAUUUCCAUCCAAAUAUUAAAUUAGAAUAUAAGAUUAGUCAAAGUGUUCCAUUUCUGGAUGUUCUUAUACAACAUAAUCACGGUACUUUGGUAUCAUCACUCUAUCAUAAACCUUCGGCUGAACCCACUGUCGUCUCAUUUCUAUCCGAUCAUCCACGACAUGUCUUUCGAAAUGUUAUUCAAACGGCUCUCACUCGUGCUGUACGAUAUUCAUCAACAUUUGAAAUAUUUAAUCAUGAACGGCGUGCCAUUCGUUUAAUGUUCUUAUAUAAUAGAUAUCCAUCGAAUUUUAUUAAUCAACAAUUUGAAAAAUUCUUUGCUGAUUAUUUAAGUUCAACUUCUCCACCAAUUUUACCUAUGAUUACGAAUGAAAGUCAAUUUUUAGCAUUACGUCAAAAAUUAUUAAAUGAACCAACGGCAAAACAAACACAACUAGCCAUAAGUGCAGCUAGUGUACAACUUACCCAGCGUACACAAAAUGUUAUACAACCAAAUAUAAACAAUAUGGAAGCCACCAUUCAACGAAAUAAUGAUAAGUUUAAAAAGAACUUCUUUAUCCAUAUUACACAUGAAGCUAGACUUAAAGGUUUAGCUCGUGAAAUACAUAUGAUACAUGAUAAUCACUUUAAAAAUACCGAUAAGGCAGAAAUAAGAUUAAUUGUUGGCUUUCGAAAUAAUCCAAACAUUGAAUUUGAACUUUCACGUAAACGACCAGCGUCAUCCUUAUUGAAAGAUCCAUUAGCAAAGAAACAAAAAACAAAUGGAAUCAAUCGUGAUGGCACGAAUAUCUAA